UUAAAUGUAAAUGUAAAUGUUCAGCCUCAGCACUGUUCUUCCUGCUGCAGUGGCACCCCAGACUUCAGCCAGGCUUCAGAGGCAACUGUCUGGAGGAGUGUCAGCGAUCAGGACGGAACAGGGCAGUUGGAGGAUCACCCUGGAUGUCAAUCACUUCUCACCAGAGGAGAUAUCAAUCAAAACCAAGGGGGGCUUCCUGGAGAUUGCAGGUCAACAUGAUGAAAGGGAAGACGAACAUGGAUCAGUAUCAAGGUGCUUUAUAAGGAAAAACAAGCUGCCCCCUGGUGUGCACUUGCAGCACAUCAGCUCAUCUCUGUCUGGUGAAGGGGUUCUCUUAGUAGAUGUAAACGUCAUAUUUCAGUGUUAA